CGACGCCCUGGCGCCUGCCGCUCCAGCGCACCGAGGCCUCGCGGCCCCCGCCGAGGCCGUCUCCGAGACCUCGCGGCACAUGGGCGGGCUCAGCGUGCGCCGGGCGGAGGCGGAGCAGCGCGUCCAGCGCGCGCUCACGAAGGGCGACCUGGGCGGCGAUUGGAGCCUGCUGCGCAUGUCCCCGGACAGGCUGGCCGUGCAGCAGGACCUCGUCGCUGCGCGCAGCGCACCGCGGAUUCUGGCCCUCUGCUCCGAGGCAGAGGUGGCCAGCAUGGACCCCGUCAAUCUGGCGACGGCGGUCUACCGCCUCGCCAAGCUGGAGAGGGGGUCCCGUUCGCAGCUGGUGGCCUACGAACGCUUUGACCAUCUGCUCGGCGCCCUGUCCGCACGCCUCGGGGACCUCGACCCGCACGGCAUGGUCAACGUCCUCUGGGCCCUGGGCCAGCUCGAGCUGUCCCCCGCCUGGCUUCCGGCGCUCAUCGACCUGUGCCGCGAGAGGCACUCGGCCUUCUCGAUGCGCGACCUCAGCGCCACGCUGUCUUGCCUGGCGCAGUCGCACGGCCUCCACGCCUCCCCUGAGGCCCAAGCCCUUCAGACCGCGGUGGUCGACUCCAUGCGUGAGCGUGCCGGGGAGCUCGAGACGCCCACGGACUUGGUCAUUGCGGCCGCUGCGUUCUCCCGGCUGGGCGUUCGCGACGAGCCCUUCUUCGCGCGCAUGGCCGAGCAGGCCACAGAGCUGGCGGAUGCAUUCGACAUGCCGGACGUCGCCUCGAUCCUGUGGGCGUUCGCAAACUUGAACUUCAGCCAUGGGGUAAUGUUCGGUAGGUUCCGGCAGCUGCUGGAGCAGCAGGUCGAGCAGUGCAGCCCGAGGGAGCUGGUGCAGAUAUCGUGGACGUACUCGCGCGUUGGGCUCGCGGACAGCGACCUGCUGAUGGGCGUGUUUGCACCGGUCAUUCGGGCGCGCAUGCUGGAGUUCGACGCCCCACGCGACCUGUGCACCCUGGCGUGGACCUUCAGCAACGCUGGUGUGGUGGACGAUGGCUUCUUCAAGGACCUCGGCCACGUUCUCUCCGCCAAGGUGAAGUUCAUGAGCGCUCAUGACAUCUCCACCGUGGUGGUCGCAUUUGCGAGCAUCGAGUACGCGCACCGAGGCCUCUUCCGGGCCAUGCAGAAGCACAUGAAGUCAAUUAUCCACAGCUUCUCAGCGCUCCAGUUGGCCAGAACUAUAUAUGGUUUGGGUGCUGCUGGCGUCGACGACGAGACCCUAUUCCGCAUUCUUUGCGAGCGGGUGCUGAUGCAGCAGCACCUGCUGCACCCAAAAAAUGUUGUAGAGACACUGGUAGGUCUCGCCGAGGCCGAAUACACACCGAAGCGGGUCAUCCGGGCAUUGCUCUCGGACUCGGACCAGCUGCUGCGGCGCUGGAAGGCCGAGGACGCCGUCCAGGUGCUGCACGUCUUCUCCAGGCUCCCCACCGACGUGCUCGAGGCCACGCGCGGGCCUGAGAUGGUGGACGGGCUCCUCGGCACGGUCCGGCGCGCCGUCCAGGGCUGGUGGCGUUACGAGGCGCGCCAGAUGGCGGACUUGCUGGAGGCGCUGCAGGGCCUCGGCGUGGCCGACGCGCUGCUGCUCGAGAGCGUGUGCCGCCAGCUGCCGCGGGCCCUGCGCGCGGACCGCUGCUCCGACAGCUGCUUCCUGCGCGUGCUUGGCGCGCUGGCCGAGUUGCCCGAGGCUGGCCGCGGCGUCGUGAGGGCCCAGCUGCACCGUCGCCUGAAGCUGCAGAUGCUGCUCGACGAGCGCAUCACGUCCGCGGCGCACGGCCCCGCGGCCGCCGGCACGGACCUGCGCACCGCCGCCCUGCUCGCCUACGCCUGCGCGCGCCUCGGCUUCGACGGCCCCUCCGCGCGCGACCUCGCCUCGGCGCUGGGCGCCGCGCUGGCGCCUGCCGCCGAGGGCGACGGCACCGCCGAGGUGGCGGCGGAGAGCUGGGCCGCCCUGCUGGCUUGGGCGCUCGCCGAGAUGGGCUGGGAGCCCGCGCUCGCGGCGCGGCUUGCGCCAGCGGCCCUCGCCGCGGGCGCGAGCCGUGUCGAUGCGGGCGGGGAGGACGCCCACGACGCGGCGGCGCGCCUGCGCCUGGUGUGGGCCUGCACCGCCCUCGGGGCCCCGCUGCGCGCUGCCACGCUGCAGGAGGCGCGCGCGCUCUUCGAUGCGCUUCCGCCCCAGGCGCGCGGCGAGGCGGCCAGGCUCGCCGCGGCGGUGGCGCUGCAGGGCGCGCUUGCGGCCCCGACGCGCGCCGAAGGCGAGGCGUGGCUGCGGAGCUUCGACAGGGCGGCGGGCGCCCGGGCAGCGCCAGCGCGGGCCAGCUGGGGGGGCCACCUGGACGAGGAGGAGCGGUGCCUUGACGCCGUGUCUGGGGCGCUGGUCCGCCUGCGGAUGCCCCACGAGCGCUCCCACGGCGUCGCACAGGCGCUGCGGGUGCACUGCGCGUUUCCGCAGGCGCGGCUGGCGCUGUGGCUGCUGGGCCCUGGAGACCUGGCGGUGUGGUCGCGGCAGCCGCUCGGCUCCGUGUUGCUGCGGCUGCGGCAGCUGGAGGCGCUGGGCUGGCGGUGCCCCACGCUCGCGCAGCACGAGGCCCGCGCGGCCGAGCGCGCGGGGACUCUGGACGAGCUGCUGCGCGACCGGCUUGACGAGCUGCUGCGCGCCCGGCUUGACGACGUCAGUGGGCUGCGCUGCGAGAGCGCCGGCGUUGGUCCCGUGUCCGUGGCGUGUUGAGCCGCCGCUUGCCGUGCCGUGCGCUGGUCAGGGGAG